AUGUCUACCCCAAAAGAUCACCCCGACAUCAUCCAUCUCGAAAGCCCACAAGCCCAGGACCCCCAAACCACGUCCCCCGAAAUUACCCCCGCCCCCAAGCCCAUCACCGACAUCCCUCUCACAGGCAGAGAUAAAGCAGCCCAGUUCCUCAAACAAGCCACCCAAUCCCCCAUCAUCGUCACCCCCAGCGACAACGCCCGCGUACUACGCAAAAUCGACAUCCACCUCCUCCCCAUCAUCCUCUUCGUGUACUGCCUCCAGUCCCUCGAUAAGACGACCCUCUCGUACGCAUCCGUCUUUGGCCUCAUCGAGGACACCCAUCUAGAAGGCGAACAGUUCUCAUGGCUUGGCUCCGUGGUGUACGUCGCGCAGCUGGUGUUUCAGCCGCUGGUGGCGUACGCCCUGGUGAAGCUGCCGGUAGGAAAGUUUUGUGCAACGAUGGUGUUUUGCUGGGGGGCCGUGUUGUGCGGAAUGACGGCGGCGAAAGGCUUUGGGGGGCUGAUGGCUGCGAGGUUGUUGCUCGGAGCGUUUGAGGCUUCUGUUGCCCCAACAUUCGUUGCAGUUGUACAGAUGUGGUAUCGUAGAAAGGAGCAGACAACUCGCAAUGCCUCGUGGUAUGCGAUGCUUGGAGUCGUCAACAUGCUCGGAAGUCUUCUCACAUAUGGCUUGGGCCACAUCAAAUCCACCCUUCGACCCUAUCAAAUCAUAUUCCUCUUCUGUGGUUGCAUCACAGUCGCCUUUUCCCUGGUCAUGUAUGUUUUUAUGCCAGACUCCCCAAUGGAGGCAAAGUUUCUCAAAGAAGACGAAAAAGUCAUUGCUAUUGAACGCCUGCGCAUGAACCAAAUGGGCAUCGGCUCCGGCGUCUGGAAGUGGGAGCAUGUCCGCGAAGCAAUGCUUGAUCCCAAGACGUGGCUCUGGUUCUGUCUCAUGCUCACCAUCUCUAUACCCAGUGGUGGCAUAUCAACUUUCGGCCCCCUCAUCAUCCAGUCUUUCGGCUUCGACUCCUUCACCACGAUCCUCUUCAACAUCCCCUUUGGCGCCGUCCAGAUGAUUGCAACCCUGGGGGGAGCCUGGGUUUCCGACAAGAUACACAUGAAAUCCGCCGUUCUUCUAUUCCUCUGCCUUCCCCCUAUUGCAGGCUGCAUCAUCCUCCUCGUCACCGGCCGCGCUCCCUCCGAUCGAGCCGUCCUCUUGGUCGGCUACUACAUCAUAUCUGUGUACCCCGGGAUAUCUCCCUUAAUCUACUCCUGGUCAGGCCAGAAUACAGCUGGUGAUACUAAGCGAAAAGUUACCACGGGAAUGCUCUUUGUCGGAGCAAGUGUCGGCAACAUCGUCGGCCCGCAGCUCUUCAAGCCCAGCGAGAAGCCUCGUUACGACCGCGGCCUGCGCUCGAACCUCGCGCUUUUCGUGGUGCUGGCCGUCUUGAUUGUGGUGGGCAUGCUCUGGAUCAAGGUGCUAAACAGGAGACAGGCGGUGAGACGGCGGGCGCUCGGCAAGCCGGAGGUGAUUCGCGAUCUCAGCAUGAUGGAUCGUAAGAAGGGCGGGAGGGAAUAUGACGAUGAGGUGCUUAACAUGGGAGAUGAGAAUGUCGGCAAUAAGGCCUUUGAAGACGUUACGGAUUUGCAAAAUGAGGAUUUCAUCUAUGUUUAUUGA